CUGGCAAUAUCUAUCACACUCAUUCAAUUAAAAUUUUGACUAUUCUUGGCCAAGCUUUGACUUCCCUUGCUUUAUUUUAUUCCCUCAAAAUUACAGAUAAAUUAAAUUCCCAAAAAUGAUUUCCAUAGACCCUCACAAUGAGGAGGCGUAUUCCAUCGUGGUCUUCGGAGCCUCAGGGGGGUUGGCCAAAAAGAAGGUGUUCCCCGCGCUUUGGGCUCUUUACCGUGAAAAUCGACUGCCCCCAGGCUUUAAAAUAUUCACCUUCACCCGGACACCGCUGCAGACGAAGACGUAUCGGCUGCAGAUUCUUCCUUAUAUGGAGUUGGACAAGCAUCGGGACCCCAAGAAGUACAACCUCUUCUGGAAGAUGGUGCAAUGCGUGCAGGGCGAGUACGACAAGCCGGAGCACUACGCGGCGCUCACGGAGGCGAUGGUCCACCAGGAGACAAAGCACAAUCAGGUGCGCGCGAAUCGGAUCUUCUACCUGGCGCUGCCCCCUAUCGUUUUCGAUCAGGUGACCCUCAAUGUCAGCCGUAAGUGUAGCUCGUCCACGGGCUGGAACCGGAUCAUAGUGGAGAAGCCCUUCGCGCGGGACGACGUCUCAUACAAGGUCUUUCAGACCUCGCUGUGCAACUGCUUCCGGGAGUCGCAGAUUUACCUGAUGGAUCAUCUCCUCAGCCGGCAGGUGAUGCAGAACUUCUUUGCGCUGCGCUACUCGAACCACUUGUGGGGCGAGACCCUGAACAACCGCCAUGUGGCGGCGGUGAUGAUAUCUGUAAAGUGUGAGCUCCCGGUGGCGGUGAGUCGGGCAGACUACUUCAACCAGUUUGGCAUUAUUCGGGACCUGAUGACCAACCACAUGAUCCAGACGCUGGCCAUGCUGGCUAUGGAUCAGCCCUACGCCAACACUGCUGACGACCUGCGCGUCGAACGGCUGAAGGUUCUUCGCCAGGUGCUAACUCCCAACAUAGGCGACGUGGUUUUGGCUCAAUACCGCAACAACCGGCGGGAGUCUGAGCCUGCGAAGUGCGGAUACACGGAACACACCUACAUUCCGAAGGACUCCUUUACGCCUACCUUCGCUCUGGUGGUGCUGCAAAUUAGCAACCGCCGUUGGUCCGGGGUGCCCUUCAUCCUACGGGCGGGAAAAGCCCUUAACGACACCAAGUCGGAGGUGCGUAUUCAGUACAAGCCGGUAGACUGCGACGCCUUCCACAGCGACGGAGCGGACAUUCGAAACGAGCUGGUCCUGCGAUCCUUUCCCACAGAAGAGGUCUUUAUGCGCAUGCGCCUCAAGCGGCAUGGCGAGAAUAUCUGUCUUCGGGAGAGCGAGAUCAACCUACGAGUUGAUGAUCGGGGACCGAAAGAACUCCAAGGACUUCCAGGCUUCCUGCUCAACGUGUUCCAUGGCGACCAGACGCUCUUCAUGCGUUCCGACGAGCAGUGCGAGAUCUGGCGGAUAUUCUCCCCGGUCCUCGCCACCAUCGAUUCGGAUCGUCCUCGCCCGCUGCACUACGACUUUGGAUCACGGGGUCCUUUGCUGGCCUAUCGCAAAGCCGAGCGCGCGGGCUUCGUCUUCUUCGCUUCAGACGAAUGGCAUCAGAGCGAAGAGACAUUAGAGUACACGGUCAAGAGGAGCAAGCAGCUAAUCGGACCCCACACCGCUCUCAAGCCGGUUAGGGAACCUCGGACUAAAAGGCUGAGCUCGACUCCUAAGGCGGAGGGAUAAUUAAAGUAGCAAGGAAAGCUUUUUAAUUAAACAAGUGUGGCGUGCUGUGUUGCACCAGCUGGCUACCAGUUCACCUUGGCUGCCCAGUUUAAGAGCUGUCCGUUCGGUCCUAUUCCAUUCCGUACUGCCAUUGUUGCCCAUGUUGCUGGUGAGGAUUUCGCCAAGAGGGGCAGGAACAGCAUUUAUGCCUUGACCAUGGUCCCUUGCUGGAAUGACUGAGGUACACUAGAGGCUAUGGGAACUACGUUAUUAUCUAAAGAAUAUAUUAUAUAUUUAUUUGUACAUACAAAA